UCAACUUUAAGCAUUUAUUCAAUACCGGUGAAAAAAUUUCAGAUGAGCCUUUCAUUCUAGCAUCACAAGCCAUUCAGGUCUUCUAUGUUCCUGAGGGAACCGAUUCAGACUGGUUUUCUGUUUCUCAAUCAAAACCAAGAGACUACUAUGACCUUGAUAAUUUGGAGAUUGAGCAUAUCGAAAAUGGCAAUGGACUAGUUGUGCCAUUACCUGAUUUAAAUGUUGGUGUUACUGUGGAUGUUGUUAAUGGGAUUAUCCCUGCUGUUAGGACAGAUAUAGAUGGUAUAAUUGUUGAUCGAAAAAAGUCUAGAAAGAAGAGUACAAAUGUCAAGCGCAAGAGGAAACAAUAGGGAAGCUUUUAUCAAUCCAUAUGAGCUGCAGAGAAUGGCACAAUGUGCAAGGAACCAAAAGAAGUUCACUGAGUUGAAACUUGGACAAUGUACAAGGGCCUUACAACAGCCAAUUCAACCAAGGAAAAGAUUGAAGAAAACUCAGGAGACAAGGGAAGCAACAGCUACCAAUCAUAAUUUGCGGCCAAGGCCUGAAAGACCAAAUUCUGAUAUUGCAAUUACAAAUGAGGAAAAUGCUAGCUAUGGAGUAACUGGAGACUUCUUAAGUGAGAAUGAAGAUAUGCAUAGUAGUACAAAAAAGAAGAGGAAAGGAGGAAGGAGUAUCACUAGAAUGGAUGAUAUAUUAUCAAAGGAACCUGGCAGCAUGUCUAAAAUUAAAAUAGAACUAAAUGACAAAGGGCAGCCUAUUGGAGAAAAUUAUAGGAAGCUUUCUAGUGUUAUUGGAGUUCAAGCUAGGAAAACGUUGCCACUUGGAUGCUCUGAUUGGAGGCUUGUGGAUGGUGAAAAGAAAAUAACACUUUGGAAAGAAAUCAAGAAACGAUUUGAUAUAGAUGACAAAGCCUUGGACUGGGUUAUGUCUAGUGCUGGAGCGAAAUGGAAGCAGUUUAAGGCAAAACUUAAGCAACAAAUUUUUGAUGAAACAUUGACUGAUGAGGAACUCAAGAACUUACAUGGUCAUAGAAUAGAUGAUCAUGAAUUGGAAUCUCUUCUCAAAUAUUGGAGGUCUCCCGAGUCUCAAGCUCUAGCGGCAAGAGGAAAAGACAAUCGUGCAAAGGUGAAGUUUAUGCACACGUCUGGUAGUGUGAGCUACGCUUCUGCUGCAUAUAAACUGGGUCAGCAACUUGGGCGCCCUCCUCGAAGAUAUGAAGUCUAUACAAAAACACAUACAAGAAAAAACGGUGUGCCUUUAAGCCAAGCAGCAACAACAAUUAACGAGCUGAAAGAAGUUGUUCAAGCCCGUCCGGAGUUGAUGGAUAGAACGAUUCAGCAAGGUGAUGCUUUUGUUGCUGUUUGUGGAGUAAAGGAGCCAAGGGGGCGAGUCCGUUGUUUGGGUUUGGGACCAACUCCUCAAGACAUUGGUACCCCAGGACUUAAGGCAUACACAUCGACAAAGCUCCAAAUACAAGUUUUGGCACGUCAAAAGGCUGAAAGUGACCUUAGAGUGCUAGAACAACGUAUCUUGGAAAUGCAAGAAAGGGAAGCGCAAAGGAUGGCGCUAGAACUUUGAAAUGUCGAAACACUCUCACAGCAUGGUUCUAACUCAAGACAACAAAUGAGCCCAAGAUGUGAGGGAUUCGAUGAGGCCAAUCAAUAUGUUGAAGGUGAAGAAGAUGAUGACUACAUAGGGGGUGGCAACUGCAAUGAGGAACCUUAUGAUGAGGAACCUGAACAUGAAGCCAAUCAGCAUGCUGCAGUCCAUGCAGCCUCAGCUGCCAUGAACAAGACAACAUCACCACCAAGGAACAAUGUCCAAAAGUUUACACAUGAUGGACUUGCUGGAAGUGAGGUCAUCUUAUUUGCCAUGUUGAGUAACGAAAAAGUGGGUAAGGCAACUGUUGUUUCAGUUAAUCCAAACAACAAGCUAGCAGGUGUGGCUCUUGGAACAAAAUUUUGUGAAGUUGUUGUGAAUGUUGUUCUUAGACGUGAAACAUUAGUGCCACGCCCUUAUGCUAAAAUUAAGACACUAGGCGAUGCUGUACAGAUGCCGAUUGCUUGGCCAUUUAAUCGACUGAAGGUUUGCAGUCAGCAACCAAGAUCUUCUCAUGGUGCUGCUGGUUCUCAAAGAUCUCAAGCGGCUGUCGGAUCAUCUCAGAGAUGAUAAAUGGAGCUAGGCUGCUAGGCUAUUGGCUGUUAAUUUAGAGCAAAUAUGAUUUCUUUUGGGCUACACUACUGUAGUGCUUGUUUUGGACUUGAACCUGAUGGUGCUAUCUUUUGCUUGAUGGCUUUUGAUAAAACAACUAGCUGUACACAAACCUGAUGGUGCUACUGGCUGCUGUCAGCUACAAUGUCUUUGUAUUUUGGCUUGAUGGCAACAAGCUUAAACUGUGACAUGAUUAUGGAUGUACUCCUUUGACAUAAAUGACAUGAUUAAUGUGGCCAUUUGUGUGUUGCAA